AUCCUUGUAGAUGUGCACGGUGCGAACGUUCCGAUUGCAGUUAACUUUCAAGCUGAAACGAGUUAACAUUUGUGUAAUCGGUUCCGCGUUGAACGACACAAAGUAAAGUAUACGGUACGAUUGUGGUCGAUUCGAUUCUGGUGAACACUUACAAAGAGUUUUUCAAGUCCAUCGUGAAAUAUACGACCGCGCUGCUGUCGUCCCUCUGCUCGAGAUCGGUCUUCGCGUUCGUAGCAUCUUGCAGUACGCAUCUCUCUUGGUGACUAUCUAAAUACGGAUUCAUCGCAUCGCUUAGCGUACGAUCCAAACUGAAUCCAAACUGAACCGUAAAAAAAAAUACAAAGCACACGCAUUACACAAACAGGAAAGGCAAGUUUUUCAACGAUCGUGAGAUUAAACGGAAAAGAAAGAAAAACAGGAGUGCCAUUCGGUUGAUAACAAAUGGUCGACUAGUAUUAGUCAAUUGCUCGUUGUCAACGGAAUCUUUACCGUUAAACUGCGGAAAAUUGUUCCCUCUUACAGCUUCAAAUUUACCGCGUUCAGCUUUCACUGAACGAAGAAAUCCCAUAAUUGAAUAUUCAAUUUAACCCUUAACGGCCGAAAGGCAUCAAUUCCUGGACAUGAAAAGAAUUUAACUUUCAUAUCAUUGAUUUAUCAUCGCUGUAGUUUUAUCAAAUAUUGCAACAUAUUACAUCAUUGGUUUGUUGAUCAUACACUGCCAAAAAAUAUUUACCGUGAUACAACGUCUUAUAAGCGAAUAUUGUAAGAAAGGCGGUUAAGGGUUAAAUUAUAAUAUAAUUAUAAUUAUCAUAAUUCAAUCAACAAAUCUAACUAAAUAGAGCUAAUUAAAUACCACGUUAAAUUUGUUCUUUUUUCUAAAGACUUUAAACGUACAGACAUCUCUCGUAUGUAAGCUACCCAAGUGUUUAUGAAAGUUGAUGAUAGGCUUGUGUUGUAUACAUUUCUCGUGUUUUCGUUCCUUUCGCUUAACCAUUGAGUGUACAAAUAAAUGUGCACAAAGAAAAAUGUUUCGUAUGAUUUCUGUAGAGAAAUCCAUUCGUUUGAGAAUUGUCCCGAGUGGUUUCCUAGCGGCAAUUCAGCGGCGUGAAUGAGAGAAAAUGGAAACAGGUGUCUGUGAAUGGAUGGAACGACGCGUAGUAUUGCGCGAACGUCCACGCUACGAUAACUCACCACGGCAUUCUCGUCGAGGGGCUCAGCCUUGAAAUUCGUUAGAUUUACAUCGAGCAUACCACCCUUAUAAAAGCCAAAGGUGCUAAGGGCUAUGUAACGUCUCGUGUCUUUCUGUAACAUGAAAAACCAUCGUAAGCGUAAGAACGAGGGUGACGUGAUACCGUAACCUAUGACUAAGCGACCAGAAAGGAAAACUGGAAGCACGAUUCCAACUAUAACCUAUACGCCGUACGUCCUUUUCGUCGGUCGGGUCCCUUGUGGGAACGUUUCGCAUGGAUUCGCGAUGCUUCCAGUUUCAUUUGAGCGAACCUAGUUCACAGAAGGUGAACGUCAAUACCGUACUACAGUAACGCUCGUUCGGAAAAUUCGUUUACUGGAAUUUUAAAGAGCCGAACCCUACGGAAUGACGAACAAAUAGUUCGUACGACACGAUCACCGUUGUUUACAUUAAUUCGAUUAACCGGUGAAAGGUAACCGAUGCAGUAAACGAAUCAUGGGCAAAUAAUUGGUAAAUAUACGUGCGUUGUUUCACGAGAUUACUCAUCGAACUAACCCGUAUUUCGAGUUUGUGUAUCCUUGCGGCGGCCAGUACGAGCACCGAUGCAAUCCAGACGCAUUGUAUCAGUAGUUGUUUCGAUUGCAUUUUUGCUUGAUUUCACUGGAGAAAUGUCACAUUACGAAAACACAAAAUAACCACGCAUCCAAAACGUCCAAUGUUCGCUCGUCGAUACGCGAGCAGAAACUGAGCUUGAACCACGGGAACUUGGACCGUGAUCACCGAAACGAACGAAUUGAACUGCGCGCAACUUUUUAAAUAUCUCUUAGCAAUUAUUGGUUUUAUCGUUGCAACCUUGUCGAACUUAUAGACAGGUUCGAGAUAACAGACGAUAUUAAUUUCCUUAAAAAUACUUUUGAAAGAAUAGACGUCUAAAAUUGAACAUUAUAGUUUAUUGCUAUGUCAUAUCUAAUAACAAAGAUGCAAGGUUUCCCCAUUUUGUAUGUAGUGCUGUGUUUAAAAUUUUAACGGAAAUUCGAACUGUAAAAUUCGUAACAGAAACUAAAGUCCAUUGUGUUAAAAGUUUCGAAUAUUAAUUUGAAAAUAAAUAUUGUGUCCAUGUUUCAUUAAAAAUAUAAUAUUUUAAGGCAAGAAAAAAAGAGAACAAACUUUUGAGGAAUGUUUGAGGUUAUGUUUUAUUAACCGGGUAUGAUUUCAAUGAACGUAUCGAAUUGUACAAUUUCAAAUUAUGGAAGAACAUUUUGCAUCGUUAAGAUUAUUAGAUUCGGACAACGAUAAUAAGUUGACUAGAGCUUUUAGUUAUUCCGAAUUACCAUCGUCUCAACGAGUAUGCUUAGCACAAACUUAUCAUUCUGGAAAUUCACUUGGCUUGGUUAGACAGUACAGUUGUGAACAAAUUUUUGAUCAAACUGCAAAAGCAAGGCAGUUGAAGUUGUCAGGAUUAAUGUCAUCUGAAAACAACAAAUGUAAGAAAGAGUGGCAAUCUGUGAUAACUUAUUCUGAUGCGUGCAACACUCCUGAGUGGCAGUUUUGUAGUAAUAGUAAGGUAAUGCAAGCGUCAAACCAUGCAUCAAACAAUAUAGAAUAUAUGGAAAUUGAACAUAUGGACAUUUCAAAAGAAUCUGUGUCCUUAUCUAACGACCCACCAAUAAAUAUUACAACAAAAGACACAUUGAAGCAUCUGCCACCAGAAAAUAGAAAAUCUGAUGCAACAGAAAAUAGAAAAGCUGACGCAACAGAAAUUAAGAAUACAAAUUCUUAUCAAGAUGUGAAGAAGAAACUACGACCAUUAGUUACACCUAAGGCGAAAGAUCCAGUAAAGAAAAAAAUGAAUUCAUGUUGCUGCAAUUUAAUAUGUUUAUGCGCUCUCCCAAUUGUAGUGGCAAUAAUUGCAUUGUUUUUAAAUCCCAUUACAUAUACAGUUUGUAACCGUGCUAUUCUAUUUUCAACUGCCACCCUUGAAUUACAAGAAAAAUUAUAUGGACAGGAAAAUACAAUCAAAAAUAUUGCUUCUGCAUUACAAAACGACAUUGAACACUUAAAAGUGAUAUGUCUCAUAGGUGGAACAGGCAUUGGAAAAUCUUAUACUGCUGAAAUUAUAAUAAAAAAUUUUCCAUUAGAAAAAAAGGUUUAUGUACAUGAUGUGACAUUAGGCCAUGAUCUUGAUGAAAAAAUAUUGAAUUCAUUUCGUUCUUAUGAACUGUUGAUCAUAGAGAAUUUAAAGAUGAAAGAUUUUGAUAUAUUUCUCAGUAUAUUAGAUACGUUAAAAGGGGCGAACGACAAAUGCAUUACGGUGUUUGCCAUUUUUAAUGUAGAAAAUAUAAAUGAGCAGUUGACUCGUGAUAUAGAUUUAUUGAAAAGUUCAGCUCAAAUCAGUCAGGUAUCCGCUGACAAAAUGAUUGAUAUAUCUGUUAUUCCUUACGCACCAAUGAACGAGGAGGCACUGAAGAUGUGUAUAAGAGAUGAAGCAGCAUACAGUAAUUUAAAGCUUUCUGAAAGUCAGAUUAAUGAAGUUCUACAAAGUUUAUUGUUAUCGGGUAGCGGGUGUAAGGGAGCGUACGCUAAAGUUCAAGUUAUCGGUAGAGAAUAAGUUCACGGAAAGUGAAUUUUGUUAAAACAAUGUUCCUGAAUGCAGUGAGACGUUAAAGACUGAAAUAUAAAUCUUCAAUGCCAGAACUAACUGAAAAAUGAGACUUGGUAGAUAUAAUUUUUUCUAUUCCUUACUAUCGAACUAAAUACAAACCUUUAUGUGAUUAUCAAAACUGAAAUAUGUUCAACGUCUUUUGUCAUAUUAAAAUUGACAAUAACUUUUUCUGUUAACUGUAUUCAAGUAAAUUGUUAUACGUCAUAUUUAUAUAUUUACAUGUUUUUGCUGAUAUACAAUGGUUUUCAUGGAAAGUGUGGUAUUAUCGUUUAUAUAUAUUAUAUCAUUCGUAUAUAUUUUUAAAUCUCAUUCACGAUUCAACUAUCAUCGAUAAAUGCAAUCGAAAGAUAGAAUUAUUUUUGUACUUCGAGUGAGUUUAACAUCUCGCGUUCGAGAGUGUGAUGUACUUCCAUAAAAUUGUAAUACUGCAGGAAAUAAAAUAAAUUC